AUGCAAGUCCUGCAGCCGCAGGCGUAUGAAGAACAGAUUCGCUCCCUGAUCGAUAUCUGGCGAAAUGUCGGGUGGAUGCCUGAUGCCCGCUCUUCAAACUACAACGGCCGUUCCCAAGGUGGAUCCAAUGCAGACAACGUCUUGGCCGAUGCAUAUGUCAAGGGCGUGCGCGGCGCUGUCAAUUGGGAAGACGGGUAUAAGGCCUUGCUUGCCGAUGCAGAGCACACGCCGCCGAAUUACCCGGUUGAUCCCAUGGCGCCAGACUCUUCGACCCACGAGGGUCGGGGCGCGCUUCCGGAUUGGAUCAGUCUGGGAUAUAUCAGUCCCCGAUUUACUCGCGCCGGCACUCGGGCCGUGGAGUACUCCUGCAACGAUUUUGGCGUGCAUCAAGUAGCAACUGGAUUGAAGAAGAACCAGGACGCGAAAAAAUACCUCAAUCGCUCACGCAACUGGCGCAACCAUUGGGAUCCGGACCAGACCUCGCUGGGAUUCUCCGGGUUCCUCGUGCCGCGCAAUUCCUCCGGUUUUAUUCCCAGUGACCCGUUGGCAAAUGACGGCUACUGGGGCGAUCCAUUCUACGAGGCCAAUUCAUGGGCAUACUCCUGGAACGCCGUGCAUGACAUGAAACAUAUGAUUGAUCUGAUCGGAGGCCCUGAGAGGACGGUCGAUCGGCUGAACACGAUGUUCAUCGACGGCGCCAGUGGAUCGAGCGGGACGAUCUUCGAUCCCACUAACGAACCGUGA